AUGAUUCCGAAGUAUAUUCUUAUCAGCGUGUUCUUAGCGUGGACCGCUAUUAAACCCUCUGCUGCCUUCGGAGAUGAAGUAGAAAACUUAAUAGGAGUUGUAGUUCAAGACAUGCCUACGCAUGCAUGCCAGCAGCUGCUGCUAGACUUAGAGCGAGACGGGAGAUUGACUCCUCCAGUUGCCUUAGAGACUUUGAUAGCACCUCCGAAGUUUGGAGGUGUUUCACUGCAUCAGCAAAUAAAUAAUCUUUUAGAUUUGCAAAAAAGUGUAUUAACAGCCAGCGAAAGGGAUUUAAGGAGUUUGUUGAUUAGAGAGCUCCGCCAGCUGCUAACAGAGACAGACACAUCUACAAGAAAAAUGCUGCUAGGCUUUCGAAAAGCAGAAGCAGCAGCAAGAUUGAAGCAAACAACUUUGCUAUUGGAGAGACUAGGAGCAUUAGGAGCGAAGUAUGAAGAGGAGCUUAUAAGAAGCUUGAAGCGCAGCAGCAGCAGCGGGGGCAGCAGCAGCAGCAGCAGAACCAUAACGAAGCUGUUUGUUAGCAAUAUAGCACAAGAAGUAGAAGCAUGGUUGGCCGGCCCUACGUUCUUCUCUCCACAGCUGCAGCAGCUGCUGCUGCUGAUGCUGCAGCUUGAGCAGCAAGAUAUACCGAUGCCUAGGGAUAUCCUCUUUCAAGCGCUGGAUGCAUAUAUGCAACAACCGCAGCAAACAAAGCAAGAAGUAAUGAAGAUUUUUGUAGGGCAGUUGAACACGAGCAAGCUGCUGCUAGCUGAUGAAGAAAUAAGUCUUAUAAUAGAUAUGCUUGUGCUCCUUUGGGAAGCUUACUUUUCUCAUAAUGCAGAUGUCUUAAAUGCAUUAAAAGCAAAAGAUAGAGUAGGCGGAACCUCUGGGUUAGAGUGGCUUGAAAAAGAAGUCAAAGAAGGAAGAGAAGCAGUUUUAUCUUGUAAUAAAAAGCGAAAUCUUGAUAAGUUUGGCUUUCUUUCUGCUUUUUAUUUAUUCAUGUGGAUGCAAGAAUCAGCUGUCUCUGCUUUAUCUUUAAUUCUUCCUUGCUGCCGCCUUCUUCAUCUCUCAGGCUCUGCUCCUUUAAGCCUAGUGUCUUCUACUAAUUUUGCUGUAAGCGUAGAGUAUUACUCUCUAUCGGCUCAACAUGAAACAAGAGAGCAUAAAUAUACACAACAGCUUACAAACAAAGCAGAUAAAUAUUCGCAUUAUAUUCAUACUCCUGUAGUAGCACUUGCUACGAGUCCCUUCUCUGUCUCUGACUUUGUUCAAUUGCAACGACAUGCAGCUUCUCCAUUACGCCUCAAAAGAAGAGUUGAAGUGCUGCAGCUAACUGCAACAACUGCAAAUACACUCCGGCAAAUACUAACUGUUCAGGGAACACCCGCCAGAGACAUAGGAGAGCUUCUCGGAGCGCCACCAGCUUCUCCAGAUACAGUUGAUGCUGCAGUUAGUCGACUCUUUGAAGGAAUAUUCACUGGAGAGAGGAAAGAGCUGCGAGAUCUCUUUAACGGAGAGUUAGGGCUUAUUGAGAAGCGCAUGCAGCAGCGGCAGGAGCAGCAGCAGCAGCAGCGGGGGAAGCAGGGGCAGCGGAAGCAGCAGCAGAGACAGCAGCAGGAGCUGCAGGAGCUGGAAGACUUGUUUUCGAGUUUGAGCGAUGAAUUAAUUCAGCUUCUGAUGGCUUGGGUAGAUGCAUUAAAGAAAGAAAAGGCAGCAGUUGUUUCAGAUAUGCAGCAGCAGAUGGAGGCAGCAGCAGCAGACCCUAACCUAUCGAUAGAUUCUUUGUUUUUCAAUUCUAAUAUUGCAGAAAACGUAGUAAGCAGCAUCAGCUAUACAACAACAUAUAAUGCUUCUGCUGUAUCUUCGAUCAGUGCUGUUCAGCAAAUGAAAAAGCCUUCAUGGGUUGUGCAGCUAAACGUAGAAACGCUGAAGAAAGCGCAGGCAGCUGUGCUGCUGCAGCCUUCUAUGCAUUUGACUCAUCAAGCAGCACUAAGAAACCGUAUAUUUGUUGCUGCUGGAAAACAAAGAGUAUUAAGAAGAGAUAUUCUUCAAAGAAUUGCUACUGUUCUUCAACUUACUGCUAGACUGCAGUAUAACUUCUAUGAUGCAAGAGCAGCGCUACUCUCUCCUUUGCUGCGAGAGCAGCUUAAACAAUUGCUGCAGCAAACUGUACAAAGGCGUCCAUCUCUUAUUCCUGCCGAUGAUACUGCUGCUGCUGCCGCUGAUUCUUCCGAUGCAGCAGCAGGAGAACCAGCUGCAUCAACAGCAGGGACAGAGACAGCAGCAGCAGCAGCAGCAGGAGACGGCCGAGCAGCAGCAGCAGCGGCAGCAGCAGAUGAACUGCUUGAUACACUUGGGUUUGCUACUGCAGUGAAGCUCUUUAGCUUUGCUCAACAAACUAAAAUUAAUAUUCAGCUGCUAGACGGAAAAAAUCGCAUAAUUAGCGUCGCAACCCCAAGGAAGAAUGCACCGCUUGUUGCUAUCAUAGAGGACCCCACAAACGGAGCUUUUCUUAGAGUCGCUGCUAAUGAAGAUGUGCGCAAAAUGCUGCAAUCCAUCAGAUCUAUCAAAGAAAGACUUCACCUACCCUCUCUCCGACUCACUGAGGCCUCCUCUCCACCUCUUCCAGCACCAACACCACCCCUGGGGUUUUUAAAGACUUUGCGUCGUCUAUUCAAAGGCUACUUAGGAAAAGACACAGAUGUCUCCGGCUUCGUUAGUACUCCUUUAACAGACGCUGUUGCAACUGCUUUAGAGAAGAGCUGCACAACAGCACUUGCUGCUGCUGCUGCUGCUGUGAACGCCUGCUACCCCACCAGCACGCAGUUUGUUAGGUGUAUGGUUUCGCAAGUCCUUUCCUGCUAUCGCCCUGAAGGCUCUUGCGUUAUGCAAGUAAAUAAAAUAGAGAAUAUGAAUACAGAAAUAUUAGAAAAGGCUUUUAUUGAUUUGCAUAAUUUACUUGAAGAUGAAACUGAGUUCUUCAGUAAAUACCCCUGGAACCGAAUUAAACAUUUCUCCAGAGAUGCACUCGAUGCAAACCAACUUGAUGAUGAAGGCGAAUCAAUCCUUAUGAAGGCGGCAGAGAGGGCUGCAGCGCAACUGCGGAGCAUUCAAAUCCUGGACAGUGUGAGCCCUUCUAGAAUAGCCGAGGAGUUGCGGCGUCUGCUGGAAUUUGACUUUUCAACAUUUUACGAUUUUUUGUUGGCUCCGAUGGAAGAUUCAUCGUCUUCUCCUGAAGAAAAGAUAGCUCUCGGCGCUUGUUUCUUUCAGCUAGGAAGGCAAAUCGAUGCAGAAAAACAAAUGUAUUCGCAUGUAAACGGUCUCCUAGUCCGUAGCGAUAUCUCUACUCUAAUUAAGCGAUGCUUUGUUGAUACAUGGUCUAGACGCAUGCAGCUGAUGUCAGAGGAAUCGGAAGCAGGAGCAGCAACAGCAGCAGGAGCAGCAGGAGCAGCAGGAGAGGAGGCGGCAGCAGGAGAUGCUGUUGCUGCUGCUGAGGAUGAUGAAGCAAGGCGCGCUUCGAUGAUUACCACAGCAGACGAAGCCUUAAGACGUGCAAUGCUGAAAGAUUUAUUUUUGCAUGCAAUAAUGCAGCAUCGCAUGCGUGCAGUAUUGCAAGCAUUAGAUAUAUUUUUACAAGCAGAAGCAGCAAGAAGAAGAAAAGGAAAGGAGGGAAGAGCAGCGAUUAAAGCCCUUGUACAACGCAUGCGUUCUUUGUCUUUUUCUCGUUUUUCUCAAUUUGUUAUGGCAUCUCCUCAAACAAUAUCUUUUUCUCUGUCUAUCAUCGCCCAAGAAUUAAAAAAAGAUAUGUUUCUUAUCUAUAAAAUACCGUACUUCAGCACUGCUCUCUUCCUUCGUAUAGGAAACCCCUCUCGUUCUGUUGCAACUAUUAUGAGGAAAUUUCGAAGACAAAAUUUAAUCUGCAACCCAAUUUGCAGAGAUGUACAAAGGGCAUAUGAUAUGGAGACGAAGAUAAAAAGAAAAAUAGCGCGUUCUCUGUCUAGUCAAAUUCGUUUACAAGUUGCGUCUUUAAAAAGAAUUUGUAAAUCCAUGGCUGUAAUGGGUGCAGUACGCAGCGGGGAGUUGUUGAAUUCUUUUAAAAUAUUGGAGUUAAUGGGAAAGAAACCAGAAAGCGUAUCUCCUGGGUCUUUAGAUAUAUGUUCUCUGCAUUUAAGAGGGCUUGCAGCUUCUGCUUUGCCAGUUUGUAGCUAUGAAAGUAUUCCUUUUCGAUAUGCAUUAGAAGCAUUUAGAAUAUCUCUUGCUCAAAGAGGUGUGCAUGCAAGCACAUGGUUCCGCUUCUUCUCAAUGAAUGAUGAAGCUAUUGUACAAAACAGUAUUGUAGAAGCUAAAAGAAUUACUUCAAAAAAGUCUCUUGAAGAAUUCACUAAAAGCCCUGAAUGGAGAAGAGUUCUUCCUCUUGCAUUAGACAAUGCAGCAACAGCACUGCUUGAUAGAUUUGCAGGUAGCGAAGAGGUCGAAAUAGAAACGCAAGAUACAAUAAAUUUAUCAGAUUUAUCAUUAUUAUCAGAAGACGUAAUAAUAACGGGCUGGCGAAAUUAUUCUUUUUCAAUAGAUUCUAUGAAUAAGGAAGCAACGCAUUUCAAUAAAACUCAUCGUCUACUCGCUGCUGUUGGAACUGGCUUUCGUUGCAAUCAAAUGUUUUUAAGUGAUCAGACAACUUUCUUUGGAGAGAUAAAAGGAAAUAAAACAGCAGAAGAAAUACUACAAAGAACCGCAGGAGAGUUCUUUGUUUCUCCUGGUGCUGUACCUGAUGGCUUUCGUUCUCUAAGAGCAGAGGCAACUCUAUCUAUUCAGUCAUAUUGUAGAGGCAAAGCAAAUAUAUGUAAAGUUGAUCAAUAUACUCCACAACAAGAAAAGCAUAGAAUACCAGAUACUUGUACACGACCUACUGUCUUCUGUACGCAAGCAAUGGCUUGCGCAGAAGCUUCAGAUAAAGAAAAAAGAAUUGUUCUCGACAGCGAUUGUUUGUUGCGUUUGCUGGAUGAGUUGCUAACAUCUGCGUCUCCUCUGGUGCCUGUUGAGGUCGUUUUAAGUUCUCUUUCUCGAGUAUUAUCGCAAUUUCCUUUUUCGAUAAUUCUUUGGAAUCAAUUGAAUGGAACUCUGACGCAAUUUAAACAAAAGUAUGAAGCUCUCGAUGACAGUAUACCCAUUCAAAUAAUAAUAGCACCUCGCUCUACACCUAAAGCGGAAGUUUCAAUGCUUUCUUCCUCUUUUAUUCAAGAACAAGAGGAAAGUACAACAAAAGAAAGGAAAGAGAGUGCGUCAAAACAAAAUGAAGGAAAAGAAGAACGCGAAGAAGACGAAGAUGUUUUCUAUAGCGCUACUGCUGCAGAUGAAUCCUCAGAGACGACAGCAGAAACAAAAGGAGAAGCAGAGACAGAAAUAAAAGAAGAAACUGCUGCAACAAUGAGAAGAGUAACGGAAGUAGAGGAAGAAACAGAGACAGAAUUAUUUAUUGUUAGCCCCGGGUUUGAUUUAUAUGAACGACUGAUGGAGGCCCGAAGAGCCGUCAACAAUGAGCCAUCUUUGCCCUUUAUUCCACACGGAGGGAGUUUCUUUACCUUGGAGCGUACUUUGGUCGAGAUGCAGGAGCGUUUGUCUCAACUAUCAACAAAGAGAGCAGAUUUUGAUAUGUCUCUACAGCAGAUGCAGCAAAUAGUUAAUGAUAUAUCUGGUCGUCAAGACUUAGACAGAGAUAUUCUUUUAAAACAAUCGAAGAUCUUCGAGUCUCUGGGGCCGAGUAAAGACAACCAGAAAUUCUUCACUCAGCAAAAGUAUACCAUUGAGAGUUUGCUGGCUGAGACUGAUAUCGACGCCUCGUUAUUUGACUUUCAUUUACUGCGGUCUCUCACUGUUCUUCAGUUAUUUGUUGCAUGCAGCGAGAUACCUACAGAUUGUAAUUCAUUUAAAACAGAAUUCUUUAACUCCGUUAAGGUCACACUCCUCAAAGCCAAAGAAGAAGGCGCGGCACACAUUCGUCUCGGGCAGCAGCAGCAGCGACGUCUGGAUAGUUUUAAAAAAUUGCAGCAAGGAAUAGAGCAGCUUGAACCACUACUGGCGGGCACUAUGUUUUGUUUAACAGAAGGAUGCAGAGAAGAAGCAGAAGCAGCCGUUAAGCUAUUUAAACCUAUUCAAUCUCUACUCGGAGAUCAGCGGUACAGACAGCUAAAAAGAGAAGCACUAAUGCAACCUGCUGCACAAUUUUCUGCUUCUGUUCCCCUCCAACCAUUCAUCAAAGCCAGCCACUUGACGCUUCCUUUCGUGCCAAUGCAGCAAUGGCUGUCAGUGUUACGAAGUGUUAGGACAAGCCCUGCAUUAUUAACAGCGAAGUCGGUUGUCAUGCGGAGUAUUGCUUCAAUAGAAGUUACUUGCUUUGAAAUUGCUAGAACAAGACUUAAAUCCGCUCUCAUGGUUAUACAAAAGGCAGCAGAACAAAUGGUUCCAGGAGCCGCUGGGGAUAUUGCAAGGGCUUCAGCAGAGAGGCAGCGAAAACAAGACCAAGCUAUAAGAAAAGUUUUAAACGAGUGCUGCAGAGAAGAAAACUUCAAUGAACACGGAGCCACCUACUUAACGCACGAACUUGUUGCAGGGUUGCGAGCAAAAGGUUAUGUCCUUUCUGCAAAGAAUGAUUUACAGGCAUUAAUGAAUAACAAACAAACUUUUGCUGUUUGGAUUCAGCAGGCUGUUACAACUCAAGUAGAAAUAGCCGACACAACCCUAAGGCUAAUGCUAUCUGUCUGCAAUGAAGGGUCUUUCUACAACCAAGGAGCAGCUGCAUGCACAAAUAAACUGAUGCAGCAGUUUGAAAAGAAAGGAUAUAAAAUAGACACACUUACUUCAGUUACUAAGGCGUCCCUCUCCAACAGAAAAAUAACUUAUCAAGAAUGGCUGGAUCUGGCAGACGGAAUUCAUUUCUCUGAGGCGAAGCGCAAUGCUCGUCGUUCAGUGCGUACAAAGGGUCUCGCACGAAGCCAUGAAGUUCAAGUAUGGGCGUUGAUAGCGGAAACUCUUUAUAAAAAUCCAGAAGCAUCUUGGAAGACUAUUAAAGAUAAACUUCGAGCAAAAGACGAAACACAAAAAGCCGUCAGCAAGCUUGGAAUGAAGGCUGUAAAAAGCAUAUUUUUCUGUGUUAAAUCACUGCACCAGGCCGUUGGGUUUGUAGAAGAAAAGUCUUUCAAACGCUACGGAGCUUAUGCAAUAACAAAUUUAAUCGUCGGGUAUUUGAGAGAAAAAGGAAUAUUUGUCGCUGGAAAUAGCGCAGUUACCCUUCGUUCAAUUCGACAGGCAAAGACGUAUUCAGAGUGGCGUCAAGACAUAUUUUUGUUGAAGGUUUCGAGGGAGCUGACGGGGCCUCCGACUCCCCAGUUUUUGGUUUCCGAGUUAAGAGGGAAAAAAUUAGGGGCGUUUUUGUUUCGUCGCGUUGCUCGAAGUCGCUUGAUAGCUGUUUUAAUACGCACUUUAGUGCGCAAGACCAUCGGCUGGGUGGCACCUUAUGCGCUUCGCUACUGGAUAGGAAAGCUGAGCCCCAAGGACGGCAACGAAGAUGCGCGAAGAGUUGGAUCUAUGUUGAUUUCAGCUGCAGUCUUAUCCAAUUGUUAUUUAAACUUAGAUUAUACGGUACUUACAAGCAUUUUACCUGCUGUUUUGGGGGUGAUGGAGUCUCAGGCUACCCGCAGUCUUGUUGAAAAUAUUUUUUCAAAUGCAAAUGUACCGCGUAUACUCAGCCGAACUCUUUUAGGGUUUGCUGCAGAUAUAGAAGAAGCUGUGCUUAAUGCUGUUCUCACGGACUUCCUCGAUCCACAGUCUCUGAAUGACAACGUGCAGAGAUGGACCGGUGUGAAUUUCAACUUGCAGCAAUUGAACUCAGCCUCUUCUCUCGCGACGAUUUCGUCUUAUUUGCAACAGAGUGUUCGGCUGCAUGUGCCCAUAAUUGUGGAAAACGCAUUACGAGUGGUGGUUGAACCUUUAGCUUAUGCUUUGUCAGACUUUGGUGCGGAUCUAUCAAACACGUUCCUCUCCGUGGCUGCGAAGGAGUUGCCGAGUCGAGCGCUUUCUAGGCCUCCCACAGUGCAUGCGGAAUUAGUAAAGUAUUAUUUAGAAGCGGAGCGUGUAAUGGAUGCUGAGGGUUUAAAGUAUAUCUACGAGGCGUUUGUAACUGCUUUCAGUGACCAAGUUCUCAGCGCUAUGAACCCUCUUAACACAGACCCCGCUCUCAUUCCUCGUUCGCCAACGGAAAAGAUUAUUUUCCACACUGCUCUUCUUCCUACUGAAGGCGUUUCAAACAGAGACAUGUUCAAAACCUGGGAGACACAAUGGGAACUCGAAACGAAAGACUACCGCAUGCAAUUCUAUACGAACGUGCAAGCAGCGACGUAUGGCUUCGUAGGGCAUCUCCAGCUGCAAACAACGAUAAGUGCAAAUAAGAUCAGGAUUUCUUUUUUCGUGGAAGGUAUGAGUAGCGAAAACACAGACGCAAGGAAAAUACUGAAGCGGUUAUUUAGAAGGCCUGUUUUACGGUUUGCUUUUGCUGAAACAUCGAAUAGACAUGAAGGAAGAGGGGUAAUGAAGGUGUAUGCUACUGAGGGAGAUCUGCAGGGACAGCUUCUCGCCGAACUUGCAACGAGACAGAAGCCUGUCAUCACGCAAUCUUUUGGCCAAGUUGAUUUCGUGCAUGUACUUAAUGCACCAAUCAGCGAAUACGCUGCAAGCAAUCCAGAGAGAAUAACAGCUUCUCUUUCAAAUCUAACUUCAGUAUUCAGGGGCAUCAAUCGUCUCAACCAGCUGCAGAAGAACGCAAGCACAUUCCAAGCAAACAACCUAUUCCCCCUUCUCCUCGAAUACGAGUACUAUACGCAGUUUUCCUGGUUUUCGACGGACUUUUACCUCGUUAUGAAUAGCCCGCCGCAUCUAUCAGCCCCCAUGCAGCUGACUGUUAUAUUUCAAGACAGCCGCGUGAAGUGUUCUUUUGCCUUUGAUCAUUUCAAACACCAAGAAGAAAUUGCAAGACUUCCCAUUAACUUGCAUGCACCCUGCAGAACUUCUGCUGAUAUUCGAGGAACUAUCAGAACACUCACGGCGUGGGUUACAGGAAGGGCAUUUGGAAGGACAAGAGGCUGUUUCCGUAAAGUUGAAUAUCGUCGAGAACAAAACAAGGAAACGCUCUUACUUUCGUGGGUUAGUCGCGGAAGGCUUCAUACAAUGUCUCUCCCUGUCACCGCAUUAAACCAGCCGAGCACUGAAUUGCCGGCGAGGGAUAGAAAAGAGGCGAUGCUGGGGAGACAAACUGUGCGUACACUGCGUCGAGUGAUGGAUUCUGAAGCGGCGACUACAGGCUCCUUGAUAUUUCCUUCUGUGCGUUUUUCGGUGUUUACUUUUCUGGCUUCUCGCUGCGUGUUGGCGGGGGCAUUUCGGCGUGAAAGGUCUUUGUUUGGAACAGCAGCACUUAUGCAAAACCAAGCGGAGAAGAGAGCACACAGAGAGCAGUAUUCUCUCAAGCUGAACUUCUUCAAGGUUUCUAAAACGACCACAGAUCCAUCUUGGAGUCUGCGCAUCCGCGCGUUGAUGCAGCAACCGAAAUACGCACAACUCGUUGAAGCCCUUGGAUCUCGAUUUGAGGAAUUUGUAGACCAUCUAGCAAAUGCAUACACCACAUGGGUCAACCAGCUGCACGCAGAAGCCUCAAGGAAUACAGGAAGUGCUUUGAAUGCAGAAACAUUGGAAGCGAUGUGCCCAGAUCAAACUCGACUGGUAGCAUGCGAGCAGAGAUAUGGCAUGUGGGGCUCUCUUUUCUUUCAAGAGCCACAUCUGCCUCUAGGAAGAGCAAUAGCGAGGAAGCGGAUGUCUUCUCCUUUUCUGUUUAAGUACUGGCGGCUUGGUGAACCGGCCUCCUCAGCAAAGACUGCAAUAGCUGAUAUAGAAGACCUAGAGCAGUAUAAGCAUACAGCGAAGAGAACACACAACAUACAAAUCGUUGGAACUCUGCAGGCCUCCAUAUCGAUUUUAUUGAGUAAAUAUAAACAAGUGCUGCAUGAAGAAGAGAUGGGUGCGGACGUGCGUAGCGAUCAUAAGUUCCAAUUAAUGAAGUAUUUACAUCUGCUGAUGCGAGAUGUUCUUAAAGAAGCACGAGGCCCUGACGAAGAAGCUACAGCUGCUAGCUUGACCAGUGGUCUUCGAACGGCUGGGUACGAGGUAUUGGUGCGCCUUUCAUUGUCUUCAUCUUCUUCUCCUGCUUCAUUAGAAGAAGAAAAAGCUAGGUUUGCAGCAAUAGAAGGCAUGGCUGAGAUGUUGUAUAAGGACCUGAUGCUGCCUGUACGCAGCAUUCACUUACGCUCUCUCUAUUCUUUGAGAGUGAAGCUGUAUGCUUCGUCUGUGCAUUUACCCUUUGCUACCAAGAUGAUUAGAAGCAAUCCUCUUGCAAUGUAUGCGGGCUUCCAGCUGUAUCCAACAGACCAAACAAUCCGCAUGCAUGCAUGCAAACAGCCAAGCUAUUGUCCACAUGCUUCUCUGAUGUGGAAUCAUCUCUAUAUCUCUCUCCUCGUACUCACACAACUUGUCGAGAAAAAAGAUGCAGUAGCAGAACUCCUCGCUGCAGAUUCUUUCUCCCAAGUCACAGGACAGGAACAAGCUGAAAACAGCCCCCAGCAUAUCCCAGUGACAUUUGAAGAGAGUUUUAUUGCCUUUAAGACUGGCCUGGGAUAUAUGAUGGAUAUGCGUGCGUCUAUCCCAGAGGCGGAGGAUUUCUUUUCUUCGCCUCUUUCAAGUCAUUCAAUAAUAUCUUUAUUGAGCGCCUUUGCAGCAAAAGACAAAAACUUCCGCAUUCUGCUGCUGCAUCUUCCCCCUCCAGAAGCAGCAGCUGUUCUUAGCUCAAAUCAUCGCGAGGCUCUGCAAGACAGCACUUGGAACGCCUUCAUCGCCUUGUGGUCAUUUCAAGAACUUUUUGGCAGACUCGAGGCUGACGUAGCAAUAUCAAUGACUGCAUUUCCGUCGUUUGCUCCGCCUUCAGUGUUGAGUACUGGCGAAGACAGCGGCUUUUGGAUGCCUCAAUGUAUAUUAGAUCCUUUGCAAGUGAAGAUAGAGCAGUUAUUCGCUCCUUUAUCUUCUCCUGUAGCUCGCUUACCUGUUCUUCGUAAAGCAAUUGAUUCUGUUUUACAUGGAGUGAGACCUCAGGUUAGACGACUUGGAUAUAUAAGUUAUUCAGAUCCUCAGAUAUUGUCUUUAUGGUGGAGUCUGAUGAAUAUAUCACUUGAACAUUAUUCGGAAUUGGAGACGGAGAUAGAAGCUUUCUUUCGCGACCCUGAGAACACGAAGAACUUUUCGACGAUAAUUCAAGAAGCAGCAACGAUAUCAGCGUUUGUUUCGCAGCUCCAAAUGACUGACACGAAGGCUGUGCUAGUGAGAUCGGCAAAAAGGUUUGGCUUCGAGAGUUGGACGACGUUGGUAUCAGGGUUUAAGACUGCAAGACCAAGUAAUGAAGCUGUCGCUGCAAUACUUGAACGUGUUUUCUUCUUAGCUUGUCGUAUGAUUCCUGCAAACUCUGAAAAUAGAUCGAUUGCAAUAUUAGGAUAUUCAACUGAAGACGUGGCUGUGUUUAGGAGUUUAAUCGAUGCUAUUACUCUCCGUCUUAUGCAACUCGGCAGACAACUCCCAGAAGGCAUGACUCACUAUCCAAUAUGCAAAGCCAUUAGAGAGGCCUCUUGUACAGAAUUAAGAGACAUAAAAGACGCGACAAUUACCAAGUCUUGUCAGGAGUUGGACGUUGUAAAACAAGUUCUUCUGGCUCGUAUUCCUUUCUCUUCUCCAGACUUCUGCCAGUCUAUGAAGGAAGCGGAAGAACCCCUAUUAGAGAGAUGUGAAUGCAGUAAGAACAGCAGAAACUACUCAUUGUUGAAGACCUUCUUCGUAGAUUAUAUGACACAGCAGCUCGAGAGCAGCGCGAUCAAAGAUCAGUGGUCCGCCAUCCUAAAGAAACAAUUUCUGAGUUCAUCAGACCCGAAUAUCUUUCCCUUAGCUGGAAAUGCCUUGGCAGCGAUAAUUCAUGAAGCUGGUAUGUCUCUCGCAGAGAAAGAUGCAAAGACAGCAGAACAAGAACUUCAUGACACGGCAGUUGAUGUUUACCUGACUAUGUGCAGUUUUGUGGAUUAUAUGAUAUCCGCUGCGGAAUUAAAGGAGAAAAACGUCUGCAGUCUCUUGCUGACUCCACCUAGACCCCUCUUAAAGCUGCUUAAACGCAGCCUAGAGGCGCAUAUAGCGCGCCUUCACCUUGGGCGAUUCAGUCUCAGCAUGCCUCCUAUUUCAACUUUGUCGCUGCACAAGAUCUUGAAUUCAAAAGAGCUGCAGAUUCACCCGGCGAGUGCAUUGAAGGUUGGACUUUUGGGAUUUAUAACUUCGUACUACUUCGCGAAAGACAGCGGCGCUAACCGUCAGGGGCAGACUGUAUCUUCUGCUUACCAGAAGGUUCAGAAAGAACUUGCAAAUAUAUUCAACUUAAUAGCCGAUCGCCUCGGGAAGCUGCGGGCUAAAUUUGCCACGUGGCAGCACAAAGUUAUUGAAAGUCUGAGGCUUCUUGUGGAUUACGCGGUGAAGAUCAUCCUGAACUCCGCCAAAGAAAUGACUUACUUGAGUAAAUCAACAGUUGCAGCUCAGCGUGCAGACUUAAGAAUACAACUUCGAAUGCGGCAGAGACUCCAAGGGCUCCCAGAAGAAGCUGCAACGGGCGGCUCCUUCGCGACUUCGGAAUUGGAGAAAUCUUCAGAAGCAACAACAGGCAGUAUUCGCCCUGCAAGUAUGGCAGAAAUAGACGAAGAAGAACAAGGGAGCAGCAGUGUAAGCACAAAUGAAAGCAAUCAUCAUAAGGAGAAUGACGAACAACAAGAAACCGUGGCGUCUACUCUACGGCAUUCGCCUAUCUGGAAACAUUCAUCUCUUUUGCAGCUUUCUUCUCCUGCUCGUGUGGAAGACAAACAGGCAAAAGGCAGAGGAACGCUGGGGCUUGUGAAGCUGCUUGUUUCGAUGUUGUUGACGGAUAUACCUCGGCUUGUCUCCGGCGUUGUUCCUGUUGUUUUGCCUAAUGUGUGGUUUUCAAUUGCUGGCGUUUUAAGAGUAAAGAAAAGCGUCGUGGGUUCGGUGAAGGAUACUGCUGAAAAAGUCUGCAUUCGCGUGCUUGACAGCAUUGUGCUACCAAGCUUGAUCAGCACAAACGCUCUCGUUCCUGAAGCUUUGAUUAAGACGCAGUUGGUGUUAUUAGCGAGGAAUAUUCAUUUUUCUGUUAUGCCAGAGGGAUCAAAAGUAGAAACUGACUUAAAAACUGCGAAGAAAAACAGCGGGUUCCUCGGUAUGGGAGUUUUGUUUCGCGGGUUGAUGUUUGCAGUGGCUGCACAUCUGGAAGAUUUGCUGCAAGAUAAAGCAUUUCAAGAAAAAGUAGUUAAAAUAGUACAUCGACGAGUUCGGGAUCUUUCAGAGGUUAUUCAAAUGGCAUUUAAACGAUAUCUUGUUUCCGAAGUUAUUUGCCAAAGUCUUGAAGUUGUUAUUGAUGUCACUGCAGACCUCUUGAAUGAAAAACGCGAUGAUUUAGCACAUUCUAUUUUUGAAGUUGUUGAAUUAGAUUCUCUCGGCCGCCUCUCUGUCUUCUUGGAAUUCAGUGUAUGGAGGCUGAUGAAGCUGCUGUUAGAUGGAGAAGGGGCUUUAAAUGUUAUUUCAGAUAUUAUCAGUCAAGUAGGAUUCAUAGGAGCUGCUAAAGAUACUGCGCGUACAAUCUGGGGUUGGUUCUUCGGCGGUUCAAAGGCUCCUGCAUCGGAAGGCGAAUAA